CAAAUGUUUUAUUCCAGUAUUCGCUUUAAGGAAACAUUAUUAAGUUUGAUAGUGAAUAAAACAUCCUCCAAGAAUUUACCAAUCGAAUAAAAUGAAUGAAUCACAAACAUUCAUAUAUAAUGAAACACAAGAAGAAGAAAUUCUGCAAAAUUGUGAGCAGCAUCAACAACAUGAUGAAAAACUAUGUAAACAUCAAGUGACUGAACCAAACUGCAUCUCUUGCGUUGGGAAUGAUAUAAAACAAACUAAUACUCAGUUCGAUAAAGUUGUUGGUGUUGAUGAUACAUUAUGUAAAACUUCAGAACAUGCCAAAGUCACAAUCAAUGACAAUGUAAAUAAUAAUUCAGUCAUUUCGCAUAUAAACCCUUUAAUUGCAAUUAAAACUUCAAGCGAAGACUGUAGUAACAAAGCAUUCAUAGACAUUAAUAAUGAGAAAUCGUGCAACCAAUCUACACUGAAUAGUUCAGCACCUGAGCACAAUUAUUGCGUAAAGAAUUCAUCACAUAAUCAAAUAGAAACGCAAGAAAAUGAUGGUUUAACAGAUGCUUCUACUCAAAUUUUAAAUGAAAAAAGUGAGGGAGUUGAUACUUUUCAAGGCGGCUUCGUUUCAUCUAUGAUAGAGGUAGUUGAUAGUGUCAAAGAAAAUGUUGAAAACAAUACAGAAUCCAGUUUAGACUCGGAUUCUGAAGAUGAAUCUAGUGAUUCGGAUUCUUCCGAUAGUUCUACAUCGACUGAUACAUCAUCAGAUGAUUCAUGCAUAGCACGAAUCAGGCAUGAAGAUAUUGAAAUAUCUGAGGAAAUAGCGGAAUUGAAGAAUACAGAGCCUCCAAAAGUAAAGGGAGAAAUUUUAAAUUCGGAGUUGCCUCCAGUAGAAGAUCUGCAUAUAUCUUUGCCUGAAGAUGCGCAACUUGAUAAUAUUGGAAAGGUUUCUCAGAUUAUGGAUGACCAUUCAGUUGUGAUUAAAUCUUAUGAAAACAAGCCUGCUCUCGAUUUCAAAACAGUGCUGUUCUUUGCAAGAGAUUUAGCGAUUGGAGCAGUUGAGGAAACUUUUGGUCCUGUUCCUUCCCCAUAUUAUGUCGUGAGAUUUAAUAGCGCAGAGCACAUUAUUUCUAAGGAAGUUCAAUUAGAAAAAGAAGUAUUCUAUGCUCCGAAUAUCAAAGAUUUCACAAGUUUUGUAUUUGUUUCGGAGUUAAAAAGGUUACGUGGGUCUGAUGCAUCAUGGUCCAAUGACAGAGAACCUCCACCAUCUUGCAUUGAAUAUUCUGAUGAUGAGCAAGAACGUGAAGCUAGAAAGCAGAGGAAAAAUCAAUCUUGGGGUCAACCUGAUGAAAAUGCCAGCACAAGCACAGCUUCCCAAAAUGGAGAAUCUAGUCAAAAUGCUUGCCGGGGGAGAGGACGAGGUAGGGGCAGAGGCAGAAAACGGGAUCAUUGGCAUAAUCAAUCGACAAUAAGAAUGAAUACUCCUGAUGAGUCGCAAAUGGCUUGGCAGAAUGCAGUCAAUAGACCAGUGGGAAGAAAUCACAACAACAUGCCAUCGCUUCCUUUGUUCCCAGAACCUCCACCCUAUCCAUUAUUACCUCCUCCGCCAAUGGGAGGAUAUAUGAAUCCUUAUCAAAGAGCACAAGUGCCACCUCCUCCACUUGGGAAUUAUAAUUAUCCACCACCUCCAUUUAUAGGCUGGGAACAACCUCGUUUUCAACAAUCACAACAGAUGCUUUCCUUUCAACCGCCACCACCCCCUCCCCCACCUGAAUAAAAUGUUACCGCUGUU